AAAGUCACACUUUCAUACAAAUACAUCCUGCCAGAAGAUCCGCUCUCAUCAAUGGAGAACACCCUGCCUCAGGACGACACAAUUUACUUUGAGUGGGCUCUCAGGAAGUGGUCGCACUGCUCAAAGCCAUGUGGCGGAGUGACCCCAAACUUUUAGAAGGGAAACAGUACACACGUUUUGGAUGCCGGAGGAAGUCGGAUGGCAAAAUGGUACAUCGCACACUCUGUGCCAACAUACCCAAACCUCGCGCCAUCAGUCGAGCCUGCAACCAGAAGGAGUGCUCAGAACCAAUCUGGGUGACAGGAGAAUGGGAAGAGUGCAGUAAAUCAUGUGGUAAGACUGGUUCUCAGACUCGACCUGUGCGCUGUGUGAGACCUGAACUGGACGGUUCAUACAAAGCCAUCAACGCUAAGUAUUGCAAUGAUGACCGGCCUGAAGGGCGACGAUCCUGUAAUCGUCACCUAUGCCCUGCACAAUGGAGAACUGGACCUUGGUCUCAGUGCUCAGUGACCUGUGGUAAUGGGACGCAGGAGCGGCAGGUCAUGUGCAGCACCCCUGAUAAUGCCAUCGGCAUCUGUAUGGACACCAAGCCUGAGAGCAUCAAAUCAUGUCUGCUGGCACCGUGUCCAAAUGACAGAGGGAACUUCCUCAUCCAGUGGCUCUCCAGAGCAGACCCCGAGUUCCCAGCGCCCAAGAUCUCCUCAAGAACCCGCUGUAAAGGAGACAAGUCUGUGUUCUGUCGGAUGGAGGUUCUCAGUAAGUACUGCUCCAACCCAGGCUACAGACAGAUGUGCUGCAAGUUCUGCAACGAGGUCAACUACACCUCUGUAUUCAACCUGACUAGACCCUGGAUGUACACUACUGUCACCCCUACCAUAACUCCUACUGCAAUGGCUCCCGUUCGCACGACACAGCUGUACAGGACCUCACAGAAGCCCGGCACAGCAAUCACACCAUCGUUCAGCAGAUGGAGAAACAUCAGCACUGAGCCCACAUCUUGGGGCUACACAACCACUGUGAACCCAAUAGCCCUAAAACCAGGAACCACAGUCCCUUUCACCACUGGUUCUGUCGCUGUGCACACUAUGCAUCCCAGCACACUCGACUACGAAGAGGAAACCAGCGCCUCCUUCUACGAGGACGAAACCUGGAGCGACGUCUCAACCGAACUCUUCUCGGAUUCUGAAUCGUCAGAGUUCAUCUCAUCGUCUGCAGAGCCUUGGCCAACAACUCCACAAUAUACAAGCACACCUGAGAAUAAAAACAUCGAGACAACUUUUCUGACAACGCCACAACCUAACAUCACCGCAACAACAAGCCCUCCUGCCAUAAUCAGUCUCCAUCAGUCAGAAGACAAGAAGGAGAAUAACUCCAUCGAUGUGUCCUACAGGAUUGUCAAUCCGAACGAGGUCACACUUAACCACUUUGUUCCCAGAAAGCGAGUGCCGUUCCGUGAGAAAACGCAUAAUAAAAGAAUUCAAGAGCUCCUUGCGGAGAAAAGACGACAAGACUUCCUGCUUCAAAGACUGAAACGAAAACCAGGAGACUGAUACAUUUCCUUUUCUUUAUCCCUGUGGUAUUUUGUGAGUAUAUUUUUAAGUGGUUUUACAGCCUCUACAAUCUUUCUUGGCAUUUGCAAUAUUUUUACAGGAAAUAACCUCAUAUUUCAGUCUUGUAUGUGGUAUCUGUUAAAGGCAUCUGAUCGGAUAGAAAAAUGACCCUAGUCACAGCUUUUUUUUUUUUUCUUUUGAAGAUGACACUGUCCCAGGGAUUUACCACGUUUGGCUACUUUAAAAACGCAUGGGGUGAAGCACGGGUCUGUUGUGAAGAUCUGGCUUUAACUGGGCACAUACUGUACGAUUUUUCCAGUCCUCUACGAUUGAUGAUCCCAUUGAGAUCUUGGGUAAAAGUCGUGGUACAUUGUGUGGGGUCAGACUGGACAAUGCACAUCUUAUGAACCAUUUUGAUCCCAGUGGUGCUGCUGACAGCAAGCGGUAUACAAGAGGUGCAACAAAAGUUCACUCACCACCAAAACUUUUGAGGCUGAGAAUCAUUGUGAAGGGAAUAAAUUAUCUGAUGGUGCAUACACAUCACGCAAAUACCUCAUAUUUGUGCUACAGAAAUCGUACGAUCCUAAAAUUUGUCUCAGGUGGCAAAAUCGUACAGUUUGAACCUGACUUAAAGCAAGAUUUUUCAGAGGUUUUGCUGUUUUAAAGCACUCAAAUGAAACCUUGUUGAAUGAAGAGAUCCAUGAAUCAUAUAUAUAUAUAUAUAUAUAUAUUUUUUUUUUUGCCAUAUUCUGUAAGGGAAAAGUCAUCUUGUUAGUCAUUGUUUCACUUUUAAAGGUUUAUUGAUCCAGCUGAAAACCAAAUUAAAUCAGCGUAAGCUGGUUUGUUGAUCACAGAUGGUUUGUUGGUUUUAGAUUAGUUUUGGUCAGCUGGUGAGGCUGGCAGACCAGCUAAACCAGCUGAACACCAUGUUGACCAGAAUGGAAGAUCAGCUUAAAAAAGAGUAGUUAAAGAGCUGGUUUUCAUCAGGAGAAUGAUGUUUCAACAUUUGGUGUAUCUUUGGCAAAAAGGUCCAUUGUCUAUUGACAAUUUGUUUGACCAACUUGACCCUGAUGCAAAAUCUGUAUUCAAAAAUCCUUUGCCCUCACAAGAAAUUCCCAACCUUGUAGAUUCCUGUUGAAAUGUCUGUAUUUUGCCAAUGAAAAUCAGCUGAACAACUUUAAAUUUCUCUGAAAUUGCACAUACAAAAAGGUUGCUACCUGGCAUAAACGUACCUAGGUGCACUUUUUAGCGAGACGCGAAAUAUGUACCAAUAAGUAGCUUACAUAUCACUACAGUUUCCAAAAGAAAUGAACACUAGAGGCAGUAAAACUCCGACGCCUUUUAUUCCUUUUCACACAAAUUUACAGAGUUUCGAUUAAUAAAGCGUAAUUUUCGCACAAGUUACUUGAAGAAUAUCGUGUUAUGACUUCAGAACAAUAUUAAUAUGUUGGGAGAUUUGAAAACUGAUGCUUUUGAACGUUAGCAUUACACACAUCCAGCUUCAUAUGGGUUUUCAUAGACGGUAGGUUUUUUGAUAGCUCACGGAGUACGGAGACGUACUUGAGAGGUGAGGGGCUCUGGUUCAAAUCCUGUGUAACUACGAUUCGACAAAACAGUUCAAAUAAGUAAGUUCAAAUAGCAUGGUUGCAUCAACAAAUGUGUUUUUAUAUCAGUUUUGCAUUUGUCAACACUAUCGGGUAGGUUUCGGGUUGUGUUUGGUGUAGGGCAUAUUUCCAACACGAUACAGCAUUAAUUUUUAGCGACGGUCCCCAGAUAUUUGAAUUCUGAACCGCUGCAAUACGUACCUGAAGCAACGUAAUAAAAGCACAGCAGUACGUACCUGUCUAUAUCAACGUAAUAAAAACGUGCCAGGGUUUACGUAUUGAACCCGUGUUUUAGUGCCACUCAGUGGACAUUUCUCUGUGAAACUGUGGCGAAACGCGCAGUAAGGUACGCAAUGGUCUCACUAAAAAGUGCACCCAGGUACGUUUAUGCCAUGAGACCAGGUUGAAAAGGUCUAUCAUCAAUAGUGUAACGAUGUGUGAAGCACAGUUCACACAGAAGUCACUUUUAAACCAAGCAGCAUUCUGUUGAUCAGUCUGGUGGUGAAUCUGUGUCCAACUUGUGAAAUCUGCAUUGUGAAAUCUAUUGUCCUUACACGGAAUUCUAGAUUGUGUUGAUUCCUAUUGAAAUGACUGGAUUUCACCUGUGAAAUUUUUUAAAACAAUGGUAUUUGACUACAUCUUAAAUGUGACUGCACCUCAAAUCUGGAUACUACGAACCUUAUGUUGAAAAAUCAUACUCCAGGGGUCGUAAUGUGUUCAGAAAUAUUUAUAUUCUGCUAAAUGAACAAAUGUAAAUGAGCUAGUUGCAGCAUAAUGGAAUGUAAACUACUUCUAACUUAAGCAAUAUGCUGAAUAAACAGCAAGACGGAUCGCAGCAGGCAAAUGUGUCAAUGUUUACAUGCGGGGGAAAAACAACACAGACGGACGCAAGUGUGAACGGCCCAUUAGGAUGACUGCUGUGCAAUUGCUGGUCAUUUCAUGACAUUUUGAAACAAAACAUUAAUUCUGUAACCACAUGACUAUUUCUUGCAAACACUUAUCUGGCUUCUCUCUUAAUAAAUGCACAGAUCUGAAUCCCAUCGUAAAUGUUGUAAAUAUGAACUAGAAUUUAUUUUUUGUAUUUAUUGAAGUACCUGUGCUUUCUCCCAAAGCCAUUUUGUGUUUAGUAGACCACUUUGCGCUUUUUUUGUGCAUGCGGCAUGAGUGACAAUCCUACACGUAUCCAAGAGCCAAUACUAUGAUAUCUCCUCCACACUGUCCGAGCACUGUAUUGAGAAAUCAGUGUAUUUUAAAAAUGCAAUAGACGUCUGCUUUCUUCAUUUACGACCGUCUACAUUCUAGAUUCAAGGGGUACAAGUGGACGUCUACAUUCUCGAUUCAUCACAUUCUUCACUUAAUAAAGAUGCAAAUGAACUAACAGUGUUGGUUUAAUUCCAGCUGUGUGUUAAGAAAAACAAAAGUUUGGAAAGGUGAUUUUAAGUAGAAACCAGUUGGAUGGCCACAAGAUGGCAGUGCUUCUCUCUUUAUCAGUUUUUUUUUUUUUUUUUAGUUAAAAAAUAGUCUUUAUCUUAAUCUAUCAAAGUGUCACCUUCCUGGAAUAAUUUGUCUUGAUCUACAUGCAUAAACUAUCAUUAAGCUGGUCACAUACAGAUUAGUUUUAUUUGUGGAUGAAGAACAAAAUUUUUUUAUUAUUAUAUUGAGCCACUGUAUAGUUGCAGACAGCAGAUGGCAGUUUAGUGUCAUAACUACAUUGUUUUUACUGAUAUUUUCCUACUAUUGGGUGGUCAAGGUCUCAAAGUUGUUGUUUUCACCUUAAAGCAACCUUGUCAUUUGACAAAUGAAAUAAUGAAG